AUGCCUGACAUUGGGUUCCUGGAUCUCCCGGUGGAGAUUCAAAUCAAGAUUAUUCAGAUGGCGAUUCCUCCAAUGGUCCUACCAGAACACAUCACCACGACCGGAAGCGUGGUGAGUAAUGAGCGCGCGGCAACCAACGGUAUCAUGGCAACAUGCCACAAGUUUAGAAGCCUCCUUCUCAAAGCUCGACCCCUUGUCGGCCAAAACCCCUACACCGGUCAACUAUUCACGUUUGACCCUGAACGCGACACCCUUUUGGUCAAAGGGAUGAACUUGCCGGCCUUUCUCUCAUGUACUCAGAAACCGAACCAUCACACCAUUCGCCGCCUGAUGACCUUUUCCAAAUUUCCAGUGCUCCCUCCUGAACAGGACUAUAGCGGGCGGGUUUCGGAGCAUCAUGGGGGUUGGCUGCUUAGGACAGUACCGACAUGGGCCACCAAUGACUCAGAUUAUGGCUCAAUUUAUAACUGGUAUUGGCGAAUUAUACCAUUCGAAACAAGCCUUCCCGUCGCCCGAGAUGUCGGUUCACUGCAAGAGAUGAUUGUUGUUGUACAGAAUGCUCCUGGUUGGCACAUACCUUCAUUUCAGCAGUACGGCCCAGAGCCGGAACCGCAGCGAACUGACCCAGUAUUGGGGAAUCUCAACCACCCUGUUCACCAUGUGGGGAUCCGCUGGACCCAUCCUGAGACAGACCACAGCUCGUAUCGAGUCCCAAUGAUUGGGCUCCAUGGAUACAGCAAGACUUCCCGCCGCCGACGCAACCAGGAGUAUGCUAUGGGCGGGCAGUGGGCGGGGUUUCGUUACGAUAUCAACACCCAGGAGGUCGAAUUUCGACCACUCACCUGGGAUGAAGUCGAGCACAUUGUGCACCGACAGCAGCAGCCACAGCACGGUCGAAGGCUUCCGGAUGACCAGGACCCCGAAUUUGUGGCUCGGAUUUAGAUUGUUCGAGACCAAAAUGAGCUUCCCGGUGGUGCCUAUGGAUGGGUAAAGGUUGAGGAGUAUGACAGGGACACGGAUAAACCUUGGGUUGGAGAACUGAUGACAACAUGGAACAUGGUUCGGGCCACACUCAAUCGCCGUGAUACCAGUUCCUGCCAGUAUAAGGUUGGUCUCCAAUUGAUCGAUUGAAAUGUCUUUGAGUGUGACCGUAGGUUUCACAGUAUGUCGAGAGUCUUUCGCGAUAUAAGGCUGCUGGGG